AUGCCGGUCGUGGAGCGCGGAUCCCCAGGCGAAGCGCAGCCGCGAGUCGGCGGGCAGCUGGCGCUGCCGUGCUUUGCUGUGGUUGUAGCUGAGCAACUUGGCUUCCUUCCAGGCGUCGUCGCCGACCGCCAACCGUCGGCCACGACGUGCACGGACCAAGGCGCCUCGCAGUUCGCCGCAUCCACGGGUGCAGCGCUGGGUCUCGCCAGCGCCCCAUCGGAGCAGCAUGCGCGCGGCUGUCGGAAGCGGGCCGGCGUCCAGGCCGGGCCAACGGCGUGCGCUGCUGCGUUGGCCUGUCAGAUCAUGCCGCGCAAGGGCGCGGCCUAUGCGCGGACACCUGUCGACGCUGUUGUCGCAAAUUGUCAGCAGGCAGCGCCAGUCCUGGUCCGCGUGAGCGCGGCCUGCCCGCUGAAAAAGCACCGGCGCAGGGGCCCUGAGACAGGCGCGCAGAAACACGUGAUACUGAAUGCCGCGGGCCACGUUACUGUCUUGGCUACGUACUUUGGCUUUAUGAUCAAUACUUCUGGGAGUGACCUCGUCGAGGCUGAGGCUCGUAUCAAGAAGGUAGGCCCCGGGCGGAAGGCCAAGGGAACGAAACAUGACAACACAGAGGAAGCGGCCGAGGGCGCAGCUGGCAGCGAGAAACGGGCCCAGGAACUCCAGCUGAUGGAGGCGAUGGCGACGCGGACCCUGCAGUUGGACGAGGAGCGCGCGAUCCAGUGCCGGGUGCAGAACUUCGUGCUGGAGGCGCCCACGGAGAACGAUUUCUUGAAGGUGAUGGACUGGGCGAUAGCAGCGCGACAAGGUGGCUGCCCCGCCCCCGACACCCUGCACGAGCUGCGGAUGGACGUGGCGUGGGGUGGAUGCGUCUGGCCAGAGAUUGCGAGAUUGGACGGAGAUUUCGGUACUGGCCAGAGGUGCAGUCAGCUGCACCUCGCGAGACUCUUUGCCAUACAUGGACCAGUGCAGAGCCCGUCAGCACCCGAGCUGGUCUACGACGCGCCUGGCGGAGACAACCCCGACGGGGCCGACUCGAGAGGCGAGUGCGACCGCACCGUCGUCUUCCAGGUGGAGGUUGACUAUUCAUCAGGCUCCGACGCCCCAGAUCAACAUUCCCAGGCGCACCUCAACGAUGAGACCCGCGCGGCCGACCGUGCCCAGGCAGAGCGGACAGUCACCCAGCCCCCACAGCACAAGCAGGCUGCGGAGGACAGCGGCGCAAUGGAGGGCGGGCGGUGGCGUGAACAGCAGCGGUGGGCACUGCUGCCGAAGUGA